AUGGCCGAAAUGCAGGAACACUUUUCACGUGCCCUUGACAGCAACCACAUGCCGCUGGGGACGCCUAACCCCGUCACCUUUGAAGGCUCUCCGCCGGGACCGCCAACGCCGUCAUCAGUUAUUGAUCUUACCCGACCUGAACGAAUUCCCCAGAUGCUCUUCCCUCCUCCUCCACCUUCCUUUCAAACGUCCUCCAGACUGACGGUUUCCUCCCAGAAGACAACUGAGAAGGCACGCCAUUCAAAAACACGCGACCCUAUCUGCACCAGUGCCAGCAAGCGUUCCUGUGACCCCGGAAUCAGUCUCCCAUCUGAAGCCAGUACCAGGACUCCUCAUAAUCAGCCCCAGCGGCACACCAGCCCCCUGUCCCGCUUUCCUACCGCCGCCGCUGGGAUGAUGUUCCUCAAACCCCCAACUCUGGAGCCCGUGCGGUCCCCAGAGGGGGUCAACGGGACCUCAGCCACCUGCGCCUUGGAACUGGAAGCGAAGCGUCGUCGACUUAACGCCUCCGACGGUCCUGAACUCGAAUUCGUUGCAGCGGCAGCUGCUGCUGCUGCUGUCUCCAGCCGCCUUCGCGCUUCUCCAAAAGAUAGGAGGGACUGGGAUCUGGGACACGUAGGGAGUAGUCGGAAUCUCCCGCCCCCAGAACCCUCCUCCGUUACGAUGCAGUCCUUGCUGAACGCUGUUGGCAACUGCCACCGGUCUCAUAAAAAUCUAAACCCCCUGUGA